CAAGGUAUUCUCUGUGUGGCUUCCAAUUCUUCUCUGAUACUAUUUUAGUUUAAACUUGAACCAAAAAAAAAAGUCGUUCUUUGAUCAUACUUACGUUUACUGCAUCACCAACUCCAAUUACGAAACCCUAGCUUUUCUUUCAUGAUCUGAUCCAUUGGCCGAUCUUAGCCAGCAUGGAUCGGAUCGUCGGUGGCAAGUACAAACUCGGCCGAAAAAUCGGUAGCGGAUCCUUUGGCGAAAUUUAUCUCGCUACGCAUGUUGAUACGUUUGAGAUCGUCGCUGUUAAAAUUGAGAAUAGUAAAACAAAGCACCCGCAACUGCUUUACGAGGCCAAGUUAUACAAUAUUCUUCAAGGAGGAAGUGGAAUUCCGAACAUCAAAUGGUCGGGCAUAGAUGGGGAGGACAAUGCGCUUGUCCUUGAUUUGCUGGGACCAAGCCUUGAGGAUUUGUUUGUGUACUGUGGUAGAAAGUUUUCUCUGAAGACUGUCUUAAUGUUGGCUGAUCAAAUGAUUACAAGAAUAGAAUAUGUGCACUCUAAAGGAUUUUUGCAUAGAGACAUAAAGCCUGAUAACUUCCUCAUGGGUCUUGGACGUAAAGCAAAUCAGGUUUACAUAAUUGAUUUUGGACUUGCAAAAAGAUAUCGCGAUGCUACGACUAAUCGGCAUAUACCUUAUAGGGAAAAUAAAAACUUAACAGGGACUGCACGAUAUGCAAGUUGCAAUACACAUCUUGGGAUUGAGCAAAGUCGACGGGAUGAUUUGGAGUCUCUUGGUUAUGUACUUUUAUAUUUCCUAAGAGGAAGCCUUCCAUGGCAGGGGUUAAAAGCUGCAACAAAAAAGCAGAAAUAUGACAAAAUAUGUGAGAAGAAGUUAUCAACUCCUAUUGAGGUUCUGUGCAAAUCUCACCCUGUUGAGUUUGCAUCAUAUAUCCAUUACUGCCAUUCUUUGACAUUUGAUCAGCGGCCUGAUUAUGGAUUCUUAAAGCGUCUGUUUCGUGACUUGUUCGCUCGUGAAGGAUAUGAAUUUGAUUAUAUUUUUGAUUGGACCAUCAUAAAGUUCCAGCAGGCACAGAAAAGUAGAAGUCAGCCUCGAUUAUCUCCAGUUCCUGGGGGGAGCAGCAGUCAUGCAAUGCCAGUGGAUAUCAAUCACAAAGGAGGUGUUAAUGGUCCACACGCAGCUGACAUCACAGAGCACAUUCGGUCAAGCAAUGUAACUGGUCCUGGCACACGCGGGCACUUCAGAUCACCUAUGGGCAAGCAUUUGAGUCCUGACUAUACUGUCGACAAGAAUAUUGUGAGUGAUGCACACAUGCCAUCCACUUCUUAUUCACUUGCUGGUGCCUCAAAAAGAAACACCCCAAAACCCGUGAUACCCACUGAAGCAUCAAAUCCUGGUCACGGACACAGCAGCAAGGUUGGUCCUUCAAGUAGUUGGAUUUCAUCAUUGCAGCGUAUUUCUUCUGCAAAGUGAUCAAAUGCUAAGUUAUCUCUUGCAAGGUGGCAGCUGGCAGGUCAAUCAAGAUGUAUUGCAGAAAUUCUGUCUACUGGAAGAAAAUUUUAUGGCUCAAAGAGAACCAUCUGUAGAAUUUAAAUAUUUUUUGUGAUUUUAGUCUUUAGUUGGCACUGGGCACAUAUUCUGUUCAUUCUAGCAUGACUGUUGUACUGAUUUACAUUUACGAUAAGAGAUUGCGGAAAUCUUUUGAGUUUGAAUUAGAUUUAACAGAUGAUUUUUCUUUCUAGUUUAUUUGAAAAUUUUUGCUUUAUGUUUUGAUGAUAGGCAAGGUACAUGUCUAAUCUGAUUGAUGUAGCUAUAUGUGACUUUGUGGUGUUAUGGUCUUGAUUUUAUCUAUCCUUAAA